AUGGCUGCAGAGACAUACUCGGGCGUCGCAGCCAUCAUCCGCAACCUCGCCCGCCAACACGAUCCCGCCAGAGACCCCAGCUUCAGUGCCCAAGUCUCCGCAAACGGCGCCAAAACCGCCGCAAAUGCAAUCGCCCUGCCUGGUCCCGAGAGCGAAGAAAAGACACAAUUAGAACAAGAGCUGUCGGCUCUGUGCAGCCGCAUAGACUUUCUUGAGCACAAGUGCAGCCAUGCCGCUGCCAAAUCAGGCCAAUUUCCUCUGACGCCCGCACAAGAGUCCCCCGACGAUGGCGUCCUAUACACUCCUGCCGGUGCCAUUCGCAACAACAGUGCCCCACCUGGUCAGGCUCGUCGGGGCUCAAACAAGGAGCGCGCCAUCUGGGUGUCCAACUGGCUCGCUGCAAAGGAAACAAAUGGCGGCCCCGAGGAGCCUGCCGCCGCCCUCACUGAAGAGCAACUGAAUUAUCUACGCGUACACUUGAACCAGCAGGCCGACCAGAUUAGGAACCAGCGCGAACACAUCGACAACCUGAGCCGGGAAGUGAACAAGCAACUGACAACACAGAGCAUGGUGUUCGAACAUGGCAUCGAGGACAUUGGCGCACUGAAACGAGAACUCGGCAAGCACCAGCAAGCCAACCUGGCUUUCCAGAAAGCACUGCGGGAGAUUGGCGCCAUCGUCACGGCUGUCGCCAUGGGAGAUCUGAGCAAAAAGGUUCUCAUCCAUGCAAAGGAAAUGGACCCUGAAAUCACUCUCUUCAAGCGCACAAUCAACACCAUGGUGGACCAGCUGCAAGAAUUCGCCAGUCAAGUCACAUUCCUCGCUCGAGAGGUCGGUACUGAAGGCAGAUUGGGCGGUCAGGCAAACUUACCAGGAGUUGCUGGUAUUUGGGCUGAGCUGACGGAUAGUGUCAACAUGAUGGCCAAUAAUCUCACCGAGCAGGUGCGAGAGAUCGCCGUAGUGACGACUGCUGUCGCUCAUGGCGAUCUAAGCCGCAAAAUUGAGCGACCGGCCCGAGGAGAGAUCCUGCAAUUACAGCAGACCAUCAACACCAUGGUGGAUCAACUGCAGUCAUUUGCAACUGAAGUCACAAAGGUCGCUAGGGACGUCGGCACCGAGGGCAAGCUCGGUGGACAGGCUGAGAUUGCCGGUGUCAAGGGCAUGUGGAAUGAACUCACUGUAAACGUCAACGCCAUGGCACAAAACCUCACUACCCAGGUGCGAGACAUUGCUCAGGUCACCACGGCUGUCGCCCAAGGCAACCUUACGCGCAAGGUCGAAGCCCAGUGCAAGGGUGAAAUUCUCGAACUCAAGAACACAAUCAAUCGCAUGGUGGACCAACUGCAGCAGUUUGCACACGAAGUCACCAAGAUUGCAAGAGAGGUCGGAUCCGAGGGUCGCCUCGGUGGACAAGCCACUGUGCAUGGGGUUGAGGGUACCUGGAAAGACCUCACCGAGAAUGUGAACGGUAUGGCGAUGAAUCUGACAACCCAAGUGCGAGAAAUCGCAGAGGUCACGACGGCUGUCGCUCGAGGAGAUCUUAGCAGAAAGGUCAAGGCCGAGGUACAGGGCGAGAUUCUUUCUCUGAAGAUCACCAUCAACACCAUGGUGGACCGCCUGAAUACUUUUGCCCAAGAAGUCAGCAAGGUCGCUCGUGAAGUCGGAACUGACGGAAUCCUCGGUGGCCAAGCCCAAGUCGACAACGUCGAAGGCAAAUGGAAGGACCUGACAAACAACGUCAACACUAUGGCCCAGAAUCUCACAUUACAAGUGCGUAGUAUCUCCGAGGUCACGCAAGCCAUUGCCAAGGGAGACAUGAGCCGAAGAGUACACGUUGAUGCCGAGGGUGAAAUCCGGUUACUCAAAGACACCGUCAACGACAUGGUUAUGAGACUCGACGAAUGGUCUCUUGCUGUGAAGCGUGUAGCCCGCGAUGUGGGUGUAGACGGCAAGAUGGGUGGUCAAGCCGAUGUGCGAGACAUUGACGGACGCUGGAAAGAGAUCACCACGGACGUCAACACCAUGGCUCAAAAUCUUACAUCGCAGGUGCGCGCUUUCGGUGACAUCACCAACGCUGCAAUGGAGGGCAAGUUCACUCAAAUCACCGUCGAGGCUUCUGGUGAAAUGGAUGAGCUGAAGAGAAAGAUCAACCAGAUGGUGUCUAGUUUGCGAGAGAGUAUCCAAAGGAACACGGCUGCUAGGGAAGCCGCUGAGUUGGCCAACAAGACAAAGUCAGAAUUCCUGGCCAACAUGUCGCACGAGAUCCGAACGCCCAUGAACGGUAUCAUUGGUAUGACGCAGCUUACGCUAGACACCGACCUUACCCACGCACAACGAGAAAUGUUGACUAUCGUACACAACCUCGCUGGUCAGCUACUCACCAUCAUCGACGACAUACUGGAUAUCUCGAAGAUUGAAGCCAACCGAAUGGUUAUGGAGGAGAUUCCAUUCUCCAUGCGCGGCACCAUAUUCAAUGCUCUCAAGUCUCUGGCGUCGAGGGCCAACGAGCGAAAGCUGAACCUUGCUUAUGAUGUUUCGUACACUGUACCCGACUAUGUUGUGGGUGAUUCUUUCAGGUUAAGGCAGAUUAUUCUCAACCUUGUCGGUAACGCCAUCAAGUUUACUGAGCAUGGAGAGGUCAAGGUCGCCAUAUCGAUGGCGGAGGAGCAAGACUGCGGACCCGACCACUACGUUUUCCAGUUUGCGGUCUCUGACACUGGUAUUGGAAUUCGUGGCGAUAAGCUCAACCUCAUUUUCGAUACGUUCCAGCAAGCAGAUGGCUCAACUACGAGGAAGUUUGGUGGUACUGGUCUUGGACUGUCUAUCUCGAAGCGUCUCGUCACUCUUAUGGGUGGUCGCAUGUGGGUCGAGUCCGACUUUGGAAAGGGUAGUGUGUUCUACUUCACAUGCAGGGUCCGUCUCGGCAAGCCAGAGAUUACCGCUAUCCAGCCCCAACUUGUCGCAUACAAGCAACACACGGUGCUGUUUGUCGACCAAGGCAACACUGGUUUCUCGGACCAGAUCAUUGAGCACUUGAAGGCCCUGGAUCUCGUACCCAUGGUCGUCAACUCGGUUGAAGAGGUGCCUGAGACUACAAAGAGAGCCGACAUGCCUUACGACUGCGUUAUUGUCGACAAUGAUAAGACGGCACGAGAGCUCAGGAUUGCCGAGCGCUUCAAGUACAUUCCUCUUGUCAUGCUGACGCCACAUGUCUGCAUCAGCCUUCGAUCUGCACUGGAAAACGGUAUCUCGAGCUACAUGACGACACCUUGCCUGCCAAUCGAUUUGGGCAACGCACUCAUUCCAGCACUGGAUGGCCGUGCCGCACCUCUUGUUUCUGACCAUUCCAAGUCAUUCCAGAUUCUGCUGGCCGAAGACAAUGCUGUCAACCAGAAACUUGCUGUCCGAAUCUUGGAGAAGUACCACCACAGGGUCACUGUGGCCAACAACGGUCUCGAGGCCUUUGAGCACAUCCAGAAGAAGCGCUACGACUGCGUACUUAUGGAUGUGCAAAUGCCGGUCAUGGGUGGCUUUGAGGCCACGGCUAAGAUUCGUGAAUGGGAACGCGAGAACGGUAUCCCGUCUACACCAGUCAUUGCACUCACGGCACACGCAAUGGUUGGCGAUCGCGAGAAAUGUCUUGCAGCGCAGAUGGAUGACUAUCUCUCCAAACCCCUUCGUCAAAACCAACUUAUCCAGACCAUUCUCCGUUGUGCCACUGUUGGAAGCACAAUCUACGAUCACACAAGUGAGCCACGGUAUACGGCGUCAUCACACAUCCCCAACCUUGACCUGCCAGGAAACAGCAAAGACAAGGCGCCUACAGGAGCGGCGUCGGCGUCGACAACAAGCCCCAAGAAGCGACCGCAACUCGAAGCGCGAGGCUUCACGGACCGUGGCGGAGGCGCUGAUAGCCCCAACCUGUUGGCGGUGGAUCAGACGGAUAAUGGCAGUGUCGAGAGAGUACGUUCCUUGUCCGCUAGUUUGUGA